GCCCGGCCCGGCCCGGCCCGGCGCGGCGGCGCCGGUGGAGAGCGCGCCCUGCGGGGGGAUGGCGGUGGGGCGGCCGGGGGUGGGCGCGGCGCUGGGCGCGGCGCUGCUGGCGAGGCUGGGCCUGGUGCUGUACGGCCUGCAUCAGGACGGCGCCAUGCGGGUGCGGUACACCGACGUCGACUACCGGGUCUUCACCGACGCGGCGCGGCUGGUGACCGAGGGACGGUCGCCCUACCGACGGGCCACCUACCGCUACACCCCGCUCCUGGCCUGGCUCCUGACGCCCAACGUCUACCUCGCCGAGGUCUUCGGGAAGCUGCUCUUCGUGGCGGGGGACUUGGCGGCUGCCGUCGUCGCCUACCGGGCCCUGCGGUACCGGGGGGCCGCCGCCGGCCGGGCCUGCGGGUGCUGCGCCGUCGCCUGGCUCCUCAACCCUCUGCCCAUGGCCGUCUCCAGCCGGGGCAACGCGGAGGCCCUGGUCGCGCUGCUGGUGCUCGCCACCCUGCACUUGGCGGAAGCGGGGAGCGUAGGGAAGGCCGCCGUCUGCUACGGGCUGGCCGUGCACGUGAAAAUUUACCCGCUGACCUACGCGCUGCCCAUAGCGCUCCACCUGCAGAGCAGGCGUGGCGGUGGGCAAGGGGCGGUGGAUACGGGGUGCGACAAAAAAGCAAAGUUCACGUUCAUAGCGUACCUCUGGCAGCUUUUUGUAAAGAUGCUGAACCGCGACGUGCUGCUUUUUGCAACGGUUGCUGGAUCCGUGCUGGCCGCCUUGACUCUUGCGUUCUAUCACCUGUAUGGCUGGGAUUUUUUGGAGCAUGCCUACCUCUACCACCUGACCAGGAGGGAUAUCCGUCAUAACUUCUCUCCCUAUUUCUACAUGUUGUACUUAACUGCAGAGAGCGAAUGGAGUUUUGCCCUUGGGCUCGCAGCUUUCCUGCCCCAGCUGCUUUUGCUCCUGGUUGUGUCCAUAGCGUUUUACAGAGACCUUGCCUUCUGUUGUUUCCUACAUACCGCUAUUUUUGUGAGUUUUAACAAAGUAUGCACGUCCCAGUACUUUGUCUGGUAUCUCUGCCUCUUGCCCCUCAUAAUGCCUAGUGUUAAGAUGUCCUGGCGUCGCGGUGUGCUGCUUCUCUUUCUGUGGUUUGUUGGACAAGGCCUGUGGCUCGCUCCUGCGUACUUUCUGGAGUUCAAAGGAUAUAACACUUUUUUACUCAUAUGGUUGGCAGGCUUGCUUUUCCUUUUUAUUAAUAGCCUCAUAAUUGUUCAGAUUAUUUCAUAUUAUCAAAAAGAACCGCAAGUUGCAAAAAAACUCAAACAACAGUAAUAAACAGGCCAACAUCCAGAAACAGCCCUACUGUCCUUGAUAAGGCUUUUCAUACUGCCAGCACUUUGUUUAAUAUAAAUGCGUGUACAUUGUACUAAAGCACGUUGUAUGUAAAUGAUACUGUUUCAGGGCCGUGAGGGUGCUGAUUGGCCUUAAUUGCCCUGAACAGUGUCUGCAGGUGUACCUGUCUCCCAUGUGGACCUUGAAACUGCAUUGUAACCUUCUGGCCAGCACUGUCUCCAGCCCUGUCUCCUGCUGCUCCUGACCAGACUCCCUGGAAGGACCCUGGACCAGUUCAUCACUUACCAUGUCUGGGGCUGCAGGUAGACUCUGUUACCAGCACCCAUCUCCUCCUGCCAUCUCCAGACACAGUGUGACUGCACCCUGGUCAGUGAGAGUAUGGCCUGUGCUGGGGUCACCCUCAGCUCCUGCUCGUACCCCGUCAUAGAGCAGCUCCAAUCUUCUUACUCCCUGGUACCCUUUUUCUCAUUGUUACUUUACUUGUUGACGACUGUGGCCUCUGUCUAGGAAAACAGGAGAUUACAGAGGGAUGUUGGAGUUUGACAGUCUUGGACAUUCCAAUAAGUGGGCGGGGUGUUUUGGAAGGGUUAAGCUAAUGAAUGAAUGAAUAUAAGGCAAUCACUUAACAUGUACACUGGGAUUUAUUUUUUCUUUUUGCAGUAACAUUUUAGCUAUACAGUAAUUGUGGCCUGUACCUGGUCUUUUUUCAGUGAAGUAGGAAAAAAGUGGUUAUUUCAUAUGAGUCAUUAAAUCCUUGAAACUUUUAAUUUACUUUAGAAUUCAGAUAUGCUCGCUCAUUCAGAUCCUUAUUUUUGCCUUUUCAGUGCUGUUUGAAUUUUUGAACACAUUUAUCUCCCUUGCCAUGGAGGAAGAUUUUUCCAAAUACCUGUCUUGGAUUGCAGAGAUGUAUAAAGCAAAAAUACUUGUGUUCCUUGCUGUCUUGAUCUAGAAAGAGGCCGCGGGUUUAAACUGCAGUUAACUAGUAGUUAUUGUGGAUGUUAACAGUAACAAAUGCAAAGAGUCAAAGUACAGCUAGAAUGGCACCUGUGUCCCAAAAGCACUACAGUAUACCAAAAAGUAAUUGGAAAUGUAGUUUCUCAGGACUUCAAUAUGUCUACUGUUAAAAGUAAAUGAAAAAGAAAGUGAAAGGAGUUGAGUAAGUGGAGCAGUUGCCAGAAGAAAAGGAAAGUUUUGAAAUAGGAAGCUCUACAGCCUGUCAAAACGAGGUAUUUAUUCCCAGAUGAGACACAAGAAGAUGUGGAAUUGAGUGUCAGGUGGUAGGGAGAAGAGUUGAGAGCCGUUUCGGAGUCGAUACUCUCAGGAACAUCCUAUGAGAGAUUUGGUGUACACAGCCCUUGACAGAGGUGGAAACUGGUGAUGUGUUUUUUAAUAAAAUCUUGAGUUCAAAUAGGCAUAUGCCAAAUUUAAGAAUUUUCGUAUUUGCCUCAGCUUUUCGUUACAUCCUACGGGAAUGUGAAACCCUUAGCGUGUAAAGUGGAGCAGAGCUUCAAGGCAAAAUAACUUCAACCACUCAGUGAGAUUCCCAGGGUUGUCAGCAGGAAAGAAUGUGGCCGAGCAGGUUUGCCUUUCAGGUUCAUGCUUGCCAUGCUGCCUCUCUGAAUCCUGAGGCAGCCCUCUUUCCCAGGACUGCAGAGCUCCCCGCUUACUUAUGUACAGGGUUUUAUUUCCUGGUUGUAGUUUUACCUCGUGAGGCUGAAUUGCAGUCUUUUGAUCUAUGAUUUUUUCCUAUUGCUUCUCAGCCCCAUCGAGGUGGUUACACAAAAGGAGAGGAAGCCCCUGAGCCCCAAGGGCCCAGAGCCAAAGGGUGUGUUACCAGGCGGUGUGGCUAUGUCCUUACACCAUUCUGGCCCAAGUCAGCAGUUCUGAUGUGUUAGGAGGAAGGAUGAUUUCCCUGCUCAGGGUGGUGGAGGGUGGUUCUGCUCCCCCCCCCCGAAGGCAUUCUGCUUUCCCCCGCCAGUCUGCACUCGCACUCACCUUCACGUUGUGAAGAUCCUGCCAGCCUCUUCUUUGUAAAUCCAGAAAUUGGAUGAGGCAACAGAUAUUCUUUUGACAAACUGUCUUGGUUUUUCAGGCAGGUCUUACAGAUGUGGCACUAAUUUCCUUCCCCUGGCUUUGCCCAGGAUGAAGCAAGAAAGACUUGUACAUCUUCCACAAGAGGUUUAUCAGUCACAAGACUGGUGGCACAAGCCACUUUUAUACACAGUUUAGUUCUAUAUUAAUCACCAAAACAUUUUGUAUGUGCUAUGAGUGUGUGAAGAGAAAGUGUCCCAUGUGGUUUUAUUUUCUGAGGUAGAGUUUAACAUGCUCAGUUAGUGUUUUACCAGAAGACUGAAGAGCCUCUUCUGUGCCAAUAUCUCUGUUCACCCUGUCCCAACAUACAGGCGAUAGCUUGUUUUCCCUUGCAACUGAUCUUCUAUUAUCCCUUAUACAUUUUUCUAUUGCAAAUAGCAUGUUUUCUUCCCCCAAAGCAAUGGUUUUUCUCUCUUUAACAGACCUAAUUAUGCUGUUUCCAGACUUUUCCACUCCCCUAUUUUUUCCCUUCUGUUGGCAAAGAAAGCAAAUGAAAGCCAAAAGGCAUUUCCAGCUUCAAAAACCUUUCAAAAAAAAAAAGGCAUUUUGAGUUUCUGUCAUGACAGAAUUGUAAUGUUGUUUUUUAGGUAAGAAGUAAUUCCCUUAUGACAAAUACAUUCUUGAUUCAUUAAUAGUUAAAUCAUUUUGAGGCCUUCAGAAGGCAAGCUCUGCAGCAAUAGGGACCGAAGAGUACCUUCUCUUUGCAGGUCAAUACCAGCCCUUCAGCAAUGAUUUGAGAAAGUCGUGCAUAAAUAAGUUAUAAAAAGGCUUUUAUACAAAUUUAGAGUUACAGUCAUCAAUUUAAUAAUCCAGUAUGAGUCCCUCUUUUUACAGUUGUUGUUUUGUAAGCAAGCUAGUCACCCAAAUGUGUUUGGGAUUUAGAAAUAAUUCAGUGACUCAUAAAAAGCUGGAUGGCAGAAAUGAACUGAAAGAGACGAACAGGAGAGAUAUUUGAGAGUUUAGAUCUUGCAAAUUGCUUUAGAUAGUUAAGUGGAAUUGAAUAUUCAUUGAUAAAAAGCAUUAAAUCAAAAUAAUUGUAGCUGAGUGCAGAACGAGUUAUAAUUCAUGAACACGUCAUGGUGAUUAAUUAUAAUGACCUUAAAAUUUACCAAAUUCAUUUCCUAUGGAACAUUUAUUGCUUUUGAUAGUGUUCAAAUUCUUCUGCUUAAUAAUUUUAUGUCCAUUUAUCUUCUGGAAAUUAGGAACUGAAGUGUCUGAAUGCUAGCUUUCAUUCUGUACCACGGGUUGUGAAAUUGUAAUGCUAUUUUUUUUAAAAAAAGGUUGAAGUGCCCAAUGUAAUGUGCCUCAUUUGCACAAAUUUUUUACGUUGCACUGAAACCAGCCCUGAAGUGCAAAGUGCAAGAUGUGAAAGACAAAGUGAAAAGAAGAAAAGAAAUAUCAAGACAAAUAACCUUUUUUCCUUCCUUUUUACACCGUAGUCUGUAGUCCAAAGGCUCAUGAGUGGAUUCAGAGGUGACUUCAGUCAAAGCUUCAGCAUUUAACAAUGAUUUGCUGUAACAUUUAUAAAUGGAAUUACUCAAAUAACAAGGUAAACAAAAAUACAAUAAUAAAAGUUUCAUGAAGUUUUAGUAUGAGCAUGCUAAAUUACCAUCUCUGACACAAUAACUGUGUACUUGGUCCUUAUUAAGUAACUGCCCUGUCUGCAUUGCUAGCAUUGUAUUGACUUCUGUAAUAGUAAAGGCAGCAACUAUAUGCUCUAAACUGAGCUCAUAAGUUUUCUUUUUCAAAGAAACAUUGAAGCUUUUAUAUUUAACAGCAAGGGAAAACUCCCAGCAUUUUUCCUAAGGUUUUGUAGAGAAAGCAAAUGUUAAAAGACAGUAAAUUAUGAGCAAGUUGUUCUGUGUUUUUUAGCUGAGAAGAAUGAGGCAUCUAUUUUAAAAGAGCUGCAGAAAUACAUAGUGAACACUUGGAACUCAAAAAGUAUAUUCUUCAUUUAUUUCCCAAAGGCAGUUGCAGAAUGCAUAUCCUAAUGAUAGCAGCAUUAUGGAACAGGAUUAUCCUGAACUUAGAAAAAACCUUUUACUCAGACUAAAACCGAAGCACUCAUGCAACUUUCUUGAUUAAGGGCAUGUUUAUGUGCACCAUAUGCAUAAAACUAAACAUUUACCUACACAUACAGAAGCAAAAAGAAAAGUCCCAGUCAAGACAGCUUUGAAUAAUAGGAUUUUUUGGAGCUGCCCUCUUUAAAACAGGUUUCUUAUAUUCAGCACUCAAAAUCUCUAGUGACUCUAAAACUUGAAUCACAUAAGUUUUGAUGCAUAUGGAAAGUAAAAGCAUAGGCAGCAGGGAUCUUGAGUAGUAAUAGACACGUUCAAGAACCAACUAAUUCUGACUAUUUGAAGGUGCACACCAGUAUCCUGAUGUUCUUCAUUACAACAAUCUGCACUGGUCAUGUUAUUUGUGUAGGAGCCUUGCUUCGGUCUUUAUGCAUGAUGAAUGAGGUCAGAGACCUACAUUUUGUAUUAGUAAAAGUAUCAGAAAGUUAAAAAUGUCUCUUGAUGAAGCAAUACCAUUUUUUUUUUUUAAAUUACAUUACUUUUCUGUAAGGACCUUAAUAAAUCCAUGCAAUAAAUCCA